AUGUCAUACAAUCCGUACCAAUUCAGUGACCAAGGUCGACAAAACAUACAUCCAACUGCGUUCAGUCAGCAACAGCAGCAACCACAUCAUCAAGCACAACAGCAAGGCAGCAAUCAAAUGGGUUAUAAUCAGUGGGGGAACCAAAGCUACCAACAAGUGCCUCAGAAUCCACAAGGAUACCAAAAUCAAAAAGUUUUUGACGAUCCUCGUCAAACGAUGGCUUUCCAAUUAGGCCAAACGGCGUUUUCAAAUUUGUUAGGUCAGCAAAAUUUCACUCAAUUUCAAGAUACAGUUAACAAGGCAACUUCAGUUACAUCGAAUUCAAUUUCUCAUUACUUUCAAGUAAGCACAUCGUACGUUCUGUUAAAGAUAAAGCUCAUUAUAUUUCCAUUUUUCAACAACAACAAUUGGCAAAGAAUUCCAGAACCAAACAAUGCUAACACUGGUAAUAGCGAUUUAGGUGGUGUAAUUAAAUUUAUGACACCAAUGAAUGACGUGAACUCCCCAGACAUGUAUAUUCCGAUAAUGGGUCUAGUGACAUAUAUUUUGAUAUGGAACGUUCAACAAGGUUUCAAUGGCGAUUUCAACCCAGAAAACUUGUAUUAUAAAUUAUCGUCUACGCUAGCGUUUGUAGGUUUGGAUUUAGUCAUAUUGAAAUUAGGCUUGUACUUAUUAGUGACAACCGACGUCACUAACAUUCAAUCCGUGACAAGUAUAACAGAAUUAUUAUGUUAUGUUGGUUAUAAAUUUGUUCCGUUAACCACUAUUCUAUUAUUACCAAAUCUAUACAUACCAUUAUGGGCAACAUUGAUCUUCAAAAUAUACCUCUUCAUUGCAUUGGGAGUAUUUUUACUAAGAUCAAUCAAGUUCAAUUUAUUUAACAAUCCAAAUGAAGAAUUUAUGAACAUUAAAAAGACAACUGUUAGGAAAUGUAACUAUUUCUUAUUCUUCUAUGGAUUCGUCUGGCAAUCAAUAUUGAUGUGGUUGAUUGGUUAA